AUGCUCGUCCAUAUGAAUUCUUCCCUAUAGAAAAAUCCAAAAUAAUUUAAUAGCAACAAAAUCAAACCAUGAUAAAUAUCCACACUUACAACCAUGCAAAGAAGACUAUUCUACAAGGUGCUCCUCUCCCUUUACUUUUGUGUUAGUGUGACAACCUUUGAAUCUGGCACUUCUUGUUUCCAUUAUCGUACUUAAACUCCGACAAGAACCCGACUCAAAGACAUAAUAAGAGAUCACAACACAGAGAGUUUGUUUAAAUAUGUCGGGAAGAGUGAGAGAUGACGUGGAGUACUCUGCAAUCUAUGAGGAUCAAGAAGAUGAAGAAGAUAGAGCCUCCUACUAUGGCGGAGCCUCUAUACCAUUCACGUGGGAGUCAAGGCCAGGCACACCAAAACACAAUCACUUUCCCGAUUGCUCUUUUUCUCAGCCUCUCACGCCGCCUCCGUCGUAUUACUCAUCCGAGAUUUUGUCGACGCCAAAGAGACAGACGUCACAGACCAAGGUGAGAACAAAACUAACUAGAAUCCUGUCGAUGUCUCUGUUUCAUGAUCUCAGGAAGAGCAGUAACAGUAGCAAGAAGACGACGAACUAUGUCUCUUCAGGGCCAUCGUAUUCGUGGUCGUCGUCUACAUCUUCUUCAUCUUCCCUUUCCUCCUCGCCGCCACAUUCUUUGAGAAAACCAGUCAGUCACGGUAACAAAUCACAGGUUAUGUACGCUAGCCGCAAACAGCACGAGCUUGCGUCGUCGCCGACCUCGACUCUGUGUUACUCCAAUGGUGGAAGAAAAGGGUUUACUUCUUCAAUGGGGAGUAUGAAGAGAGCUCUGUUCUCUGGUCCUAGACAUGGAUCCGGCGAGGUGAACAAAGCUUGAGUAUGUGAAUCUGUUGUGUUCUUGAUUACGUCCUAUGAACUGCUUUGCCUCUUUGAACAGAAUAAGUGUUAUAAUGCUUUGAUGUAUGAAUGUAUUAUGAUGCAUAUAUAUGUAUAUCUAUAAAGCUUGUGUUGUAAAGUGUAAACUGGCAUUUUUCAUUGCAUAACCAUUAAAGUUCUCCCAGUAC